GUGCCGGGCCCUAUAGUCAGUUCUCUUCUUUCGUAAGACCCUUCUGCUCUCUGUCUCUCUCUCGCGCUGUGGCAGAGGAGCAAAGCGCUAAUCAAAUGUUAGAUUCGCCGCCUUCAUCAUCGACAACAUGGCUUCUGUUUCUUCCAUUUCCAAAACCCUAGCUAAGAAGCUCCGCCGUGGACGCGCCUCCGCCUCUGCCUCCGCCGUCACUUCGUUUCGGUGGAAGUCGUUCCCACCCCUGCCUCCUUCCUUGUCCUUCUCCUCCUCCUCCUCCUCCGCCGCCAUCUCCUCUUCUUCGGCACCUCCUUCAACUUCGACCUCCCCUUCUCAAUCUCAAGAGAAGCAGAAAGGGUCGAGAUGGUCAAAAUUGCUCCUUUUUGUUCCUGGAGCCAUCACUUUUGGUCUUGGAACUUGGCAACUCUUCAGAAGACAAGAUAAGAUUAAACUACUUGAAUAUAGGCAGGAAAGAUUGGGAUCGGAACCAAUUAGUGGUAACAAGUUAGCUCCUUCCAGUAACAAUUUGGAUGCUCUUGAGUUCAGGAGGGUGGUAUGUAAAGGACUGUUUGAUGAGAAGAAGUCGAUUUAUGUGGGCCCACGCUCUAGAAGCAUUUCAGGGGUAACUGAGAAUGGUUACUUCCUCAUUACUCCUUUUAUGCCAAUUCCCAACAAUCCAGAGAGUGUGCAGUCGCCUAUUCUAGUCAAUAGAGGAUGGAUUCCACGCAGCUGGAGAGACAAGUUCGUAAAAGUUCCACAGGAUGAUGAACAACUGUCAAGUAUAGCAUCGUCCUCUGCACAAGAGAAUGAAAGAAGUUCCUGGUGGAGGUUUUGGUCUAAGAAUCCAAAAAUUAUUGAGGAGCAAGUUCCUCCGGUUACACCUCUCGAAAUUGUUGGAGUAGUUCGUGGAAGUGAGAAGCCUAGCAUCUUUGUUCCAGCAAAUGAUCCCAACUCAUCUCAGUGGUUCUAUGUUGAUGUCCCUGCAAUUGCUCGAACAUGUGGACUUCCUGAGAAUACUAUCUACAUUGAAGACGUCAAUGAAAAUGUCAAUCCCAGCAAUCCAUACCCCGUUCCUAAGGAUGCCAACGAGUUGAUUCGAAGUUCAGUAAUGCCACAGGAUCAUCUAAACUAUACAUUCACAUGGUAUUCUCUGUCAGCUGCAGUUACAUUUAUGGCCUAUAAGAGAUUAAUGCCAAAAAAGACUGGCCACAUGGAGUGGACUCAAAAGGUUCAAAUGUCAUUUACCUCGUAACUUUUGUGAAUGAGAUGGUGGCUCGUGUUGUAUAAUGUUCUUUAGCACAGCAAUGGUGUAGUGCAAAAUCCUAUUUUACUUUGUGGCUUUAGUCCUAGGCAUUUUAACAUUUAAAUGUAAGAUAUGUUAAUGAGCAUAUGUUAACAAGACUAUUGCUUUAUAUAUACACACAAAACACUAGAGACAAAGGGCUAGCUCAAGUGGUAAGAGCGUCCUUUGCUAGUCCAAGGUUUGGGCCUCUAGGUUAGAAUA